UCUUACCUUGAAAUGCAAACUAUGGCACAGCACCUUGAUUAAUAAAUCUAAUCAUAAAUUGUGACUCAAAUAGUACUUUUUGUAAUAAGAUCAAGGUUAUUCGACACAUUCAACAGCUUUUUACGGCAUUUAAGGUGUUAACGUAUUAUCCAUUAUUAUUCAGGAUUACCGACCAUGCUCGAGUGUAAACAUUAUUAAAACACUACUGUGAUAUACAGUAGAUUUGGACUUAACAUUCUCUCUGAUAGUUUUUUUUUUAAACAAAGGACAGUACUGGGCAUAUAUCCAAUACAUAUUUCUGUCACGUGAGAGACGCUCAGAUCUAGAAAUUAAUAACAAUAUGAAUGACUAAAAGGCGAAAAAAACGAACUUGUUAUUCAUUACACGUCAGAUAUAUUCAAACGGUUAAAGUGAACCUUAGAAAAAUAAGUAAACAGCCAUUUACAUCUUAAAGUGUCAUUAAGAUAAACAAUUUUGCUGGACCAUACCAAAAAUACAAUUUUAUGCUUCAUCACGGAUUUAUUAUAUAAUUUUCGAUGAAUGUAAUAAAAAGGCAAAGUUUUUUCAACAACGCGUGGAAAGUUUGUAAAAAUCAACCUUAUAAUUUAAAGUUGGUGCCAAAUUAUGACAAAUCAAAUGCAUGUAUACUAGCGCCAUCGUUACUUAGUCCUCUAUAAGACGGGUCAUUUUCCUGACGAUACACUCUGGGUGUACAGAGACUGAAACAUUUCCAGUUCAUGACUUAAAAGAGCCGCAGUCGGAUAUCGUACAUGCUGCUUUGGUGCAUGUGUUUAUAAACAUAGCUACAUAACACUGUUCAUACUGUGCAUGAUUGUGCCUGCAGAGUUGUGUCUGUCUUAAGUAUACGGGGAUAUUGUACGUUUGAUGUAGAAAUAGACAAAGCUGAUCUUUAUUUUAUUUGAAACAAGAGUUGUGCACAGAGCCAAAUAAAUCAACUAUUAUUUUGAAUUAUCUCUAACCUACCAACGAAUAAAGACUAUGAUUAUAAAGGCGUCGUUUUAAGAUAUUGCUAAAAUUGAUAGCAACAGUGACAAAUUGUUCUUCUAGUAAUUUUGCAGCUAACAUACCUAUUUUAUAAUAAAUUAUAAAAAAAAACCUGAUGCGUAUAGCUUGAAACAAAAUUAACUCUGCAAAAUGGGAUUUGGUUUAAGGUCAGACAACACGUUCCUCGAGCAUCUUUUUUGUAACUCCUCGUAAUAAAGAGUUCCAAAUAAACAUUAUUUUUUUAAUAAUGAUUUUUAAAAUGAAUAAAAUUUACUUGUGUAUGGAUAUAUGCCUAGAUGGCCGAGUGUUUAGAGCCGUGGCCGCUCUCUGCCAGGAGCGUAGCUUCUAGAUGUUGUGAGUUCCAAUUCCGGCCAAAUACGGUGAAUUUCGGUUUGCUGUAUCAAUUUUUUUUUUUUAUCAGCAAUUCAAGUGUAUUUUCAAGAAGAUUAUAUAGGAAAUUGCAUUAUCUAGUAUUUUGCAUCAAUUUCUGAUUAGGUAUCCUAAUUUUUUGCAAGAAAGUUUGUCAGAGUCGUAGUAAACCAUUAACAAAUUCCUUGAAAAUGUUAUAUAAAAUUGAGGAACGUGUCGUCUAACCUUAACUGGAUAGCUUUGGCCAAAAAUUAAAUCUACUGAUGUAACGGCAUGGAUUGUGUUACGUACACCUUCAUGCUAGAUAUAACCAUGUUUGAAAAUAGUAUCGAACGAUUGUAUUUAACAUUUGACUCUUUUUGAGAUAUGAAUAACAGGUUACUAGGAUCUAUUUAUAACGUUAAAUAAAAUGUUUUCUCCAAAUCAUCUUGCAUGUUUUUAUAUAAAAAAAAGAAAUAAUAAACUGAGGAAACACGAUCAUAUCGAACAAUUCAACAAAUAUAAAUUACGUAUAUUAUCAUAUUUUUAUUUUUAAGGUAACCGGAAUGACCUUAAUUCAGAAACUUGAUUAUAUAUAACAUACGAGAAAAAUUUCACCAAUAUCUUCAACAUCCUCAAAAAUGUUGAACGUCACACAAAAUGGUGAGCAAUUGAACUACACGACAUUGGAAGAACUCAACAAUUUAAAAGUGCAUCAACGAAUGCCCACUAUUGUUUUCCUAUUCAUACUUAUCCCUUUUGGUGUCAUUGGAAAUAUCGUAACAAUUCUUGUCUACGGCCUCAAGUAUCGUCCUUCCACCUUCAGAGUUUACCUCCUCACACUAGCUAUCGUAGAUCUUUUGUCUUGCUGUAUUGGCAUGCCAGUGGAAUUGGCAGACAACCUAAUUCCUCUAGUGUUCUAUGACGAAAAACUAUGUAAAAUCGGAAAGUUUUCAGGACAAAUUCUUAAAAUAGGUUCGGCGUUAAUCAUCUUUCUGAUGGCGGUUUGCAGAUAUCAGAAAAUUCGUUGGCCUUUAAGCACCAACAUUUCCACCAAAUUAACUCGGAACUUGUGCAUUUUUACUAUGUUUGUGGCCGUUUUGUUUUCAUGGCCGUUUCUUAUUUUAAAAGGUACACAGUACAAACAUUACGAUGGGGGUGUUAUUGGAUACAAAUGUUCCACUGACAGUGAUGUUAAACACACCAUCUACCCAUUUGUCUACACUAUCGUUACAUUCGGGGUCUACAUGUUUGUGUUCUUCAGCCUGCUAAUCCUAUAUACCCUGAUCAUUCUAAACAUCCGCCGCCAUAACAAGGCAGAAGUAACAGAACACAAGAUAAAUCCCCGGAUCACAAAGAUAAUGAUAGCCAUAACUGUAGCUUUCGUCGUCUCCUACCUUCCAGAUUGUAUACUGGAUGCAGGCUUGGGGCGAAUUACAUUGUAAAGUAAUGCAUUACAUUACCAUUACUUCAUAAAUUGGGGCAUUAAAUUACCAUUACCAUUACUUGAUUUUCUUGAAGUAAUGCAUUACAUUACCAUUACAUGAGUAAAGUAAUGCAUUACCAUUACUUUUUUUUUGGUAAGUAAAGCUAAUAAAGAGUUUAUGCAAAUGUUUCGAAUAUACAACA